GUAUUUCACAGCUUUGGUGAUCCCUUCAAAGCUACCAUAACAUGUCAUCAUGGCGAUGCUGAGAGCGACGUGUAAUAAAUUGAACAUGGGUCUCGCACAAUUGUCUUUGAUUGGCCUUUCCCUUGUGCUACUAUUUGAAGUAGGACAUGCAGUUGACAAGUCCAAUUUCAAAACUGUUGAUCAGUGUGGUUUUGCAAGGCGGCACAAGGACAUUCCCGAAGGCCAGUCACCCUAUGCAGCUGUCCUUGAUUCCUUCCACAUCGAGGCUGAUGGAGUGAUGCGAGGGAAUAUUCUCAACACCAAGAAUGGUGUCCUGCUCAGUCUUGAGGUCUUUGGCCUUGAGGAUCGGAUGGUCCGCUUCAAAGUCAAUGAACUGAGUCCUAUCAGACCGAGAUACGAGGUUCCUGAUGUCCUGGUCCUAGAACCAACUCCUGUCAGAUGGACUAUCAACAAGCAGGACUCGACGUCCAUUGAGGCCACCACCAGCUCUGGCAUCACCGUGCUGCUCUCCUCGCAGCCAUUCCGUAUGGACUUCUACGACAACAAGCAGCUCGUCUUUAGCAUCAACCCUAGAGGGCUCAUGAAGUUUGAACAUCUACGGGAAAGGAGAAACUCUUUGGACCAGGGUGAAGAAGGCCCUGGUCUACUUGACCUUGCUAAAGAUGCCAUUCUUGAUUUGGUUGGUUACAGAUCCGAGGAAGACCAAGACCAACCGGUGGAGGAUGGGGAGGAGGUGGAGAAUGUGGAGCAGGCCGAGGAGAAGGAGCCGGAGGAACCGGAGGAGCCCGAUAUGUGGGAGGAAACCUUCAAAUCACACACUGAUAAGAAACCAUACGGUCCUUCAUCAAUUGGACUGGAUUUCUCCUUCCCUGGAUUUGAGCAUGUCUAUGGUAUCCCGGAGCAUGCUGAUUCUCUUGCUCUCAAGGCAACAGGAUCAUCUGAUCCCUAUCGUCUCUACAAUCUGGAUGUGUUUGAGUACGAGUUGGACAAACGUAUGGCUCUAUACGGAUCUGUACCUUUUAUGCAAGCUCACAACAAAGAGAGGACAGUAGGUUUGUUUUGGCUGAAUGCAGCAGAGACAUUCAUUGAUAUUACAUCAAAUACUGCUGAUAAGUCUUUCUUUGGAAGAAUGUUUGACUAUGUGAAAGGAGAGAGUGAUGUCCCACAAGUCGACACCCACUGGUAUUCUGAAUCUGGUAUCAUCGACACCUUCCUUCUUUUUGGACCUUCUCCAAAGGAUGUCCUAUCUCAGUAUACUGAUCUGACUGGCAAGCCCUUCCUUCCUCCGCUCUUUUCCAUAGCAUACCAUCAGUGUCGCUGGAAUUACAAUGAUGAAGAUGAUGUGUUACAAGUUGAUGCUAAUUUUGAUGAGCAUGACAUCCCCUGUGAUGUGAUCUGGCUUGAUAUUGAACACACCAAUGGAAAGAGAUAUUUGACUUGGGAUAAUCAUAAAUUCCCAGACCCAGGAAGAAUGUUGGAUCAAUUAGCUGCAAAAGGAAGAAAGAUGGUGACCAUUGUGGAUCCUCACGUUCACCGAGAUAACAACUAUCACAUGUACAAAGAAGGCAAAGACAAUGAUUAUUUCGUCCACAAACAAGAUGGCAGUGAAUAUGAAGGCUGGUGCUGGCCAGGGUCAUCAAGCUACCCAGACUUCACACGGAAGGACGUCCGUGAUUGGUGGGCAAGCAGACUGAGUCACGACAGCUACCAGGGCAGUCGUCCCAAUCUUUUCAACUGGAACGACAUGAAUGAGCCGUCUGUUUUCAAUGGCCCUGAGGUCACCAUGCACAAGGAUGUUGUCCAUGCCAACGGCUGGGAGCAUAGAGAUGUUCAUAAUCUGUAUGGACUCUAUUUUCAUAUGGCCAAUGCUGAUGGUCAGAUAAAGAGAUCAGGUGGAACUGAAAGACCAUUCACCCUGUCAAGAGCAUUCUUCUCUGGAACGCAGAGAUAUGGUGCUAUCUGGACUGGUGACAAUGCAGCAGAGUGGGGUCAUUUGAAGGCUAGCAACCCUAUGCUUCUGAGUAUUGGUCUAGCUGGAAUUCCAUUCAUAGGAGCGGAUGUUGGUGGAUUCUUCAAGAAUCCAGAUGAAGAAUUGCUCACCAGAUGGUAUCAGGCCGGUGCCUACCAACCGUUCUUCCGUGCCCACGCUCACAUCGACACCAAGCGUCGGGAACCGUGGUUGUUGCAACCGGAGAACAAGCUGAUCAUACGCAGCGCUAUCCGUGCAAGAUACGCUCUCCUUCCUUUCUGGUACACCCUCUAUUACAACUCCUCACAGACGGGUCUUCCACCUAUGAGACCUAUGUGGAUGGAAUUCCCCAAGGAUAUGGAUACAUUUUCAAUGGAAGACCAGUUCAUGCUUGGUAAUGCCUUACUGGUUAGCCCAAUCACAGAAAAGGGAUCAAGAGCUACUUCAGUCUAUUUCCCUGGAACUGAUCCAUGGUUUGAUGUUGAUACAUUCUUUGCCUACCAAGGACCAGCUACUCAUAAUGUGAAUGCUGACCUAGAUAAGAUCCCAGUCUUCCAGCACGGUGGAUCCAUAGUCCCUCGUAAGGAGAGAGUCAGACGAUGCUCAUCUCUAGCCGUCGAUGACCCUUAUACAUUGACUGUUGCCUUGAAUAAUGCUGGCACAGCUACCGGUGAUCUUUACAUCGAUGAUGGUCACAGCUUUGAUUAUAAGCAGCAAAAAUAUAUCUAUAGACAAUUUACCUUCAGUGCCAACAAAUUAGAAUCAAGGGCAUUAUCUGGCACUGGAUUUGAAACCAAUUCUUGGCUUGAGAGAGUAGUCAUCAUUGGAUUGAAAUCAUUACCAAAGAAAGUAGAACUUAUUUCACAAACUAUCACCCAGUUGUCUUUCACUACCUCUCAUAACAGACAAGUUUUGACGAUACGUAAACCAGGCAUCAACAUUGGUCAGGAUUGGACAAUACGUUUAUCUUAGAUAAUAAUAACCAGCAAUAAAUCAUUAUUUUAAAAAUUGGAUUAAGGUUAGAGCUUGUUACAGCAGAAACCCCAAAUCCUCACAGUAUUCCUAGGCUUGAAUAUACAUUUACGUUUUGAAUUCAGUUGAAAAAUGAUUUUAAUUUUACUGCCGUUUUGAUUUGACCAUAGUACACACAAUGGAUGUCAUAAGAACAAGGACCUCAGAAUUAGCAAAGUAUAUUGUUCCAUCAGUGACAAGUUAGUAAAUAAUUGUUGCCAUAGUAACAGUGCUUCCCAGCCAAUCAAAACCAGUAAUUUCACCUUAGAUAUAACCAGUCAUUGGGAUCAACCUAUAAAACAACUUUCAAGGGAGUAUAUCAUGUCCAAUGUUUGAGGUCCCUUAGAGAGUAUUUCUCUUCUGAAGAGCAACAUGCUAGUCAUUGGGGAGUUUUCCUAGACCCUUACAUUUGAGCUUGAAAUGAACAAGUUUUACCACAUGUAUUUCAAGAAGCACACGUUUCGUUGACAAUGUUAACAUUGCCUUUGCAUUGACAAUUCAGACUAUUGAUAUAAAGGUAGUAUUGUUUGAAAGUUUUUGUUCAAGGAUUUUGCAUUCUUAAACUUAAAAGGAAUUCAUUUGUACCAGAUUUUCUUCCUAAUAUGAUUUAAUCUUAUUUUGAUUUAGGAAUUUAUUUGUAUAUUGGUGUUAUAGAGGAUGUAGUUAGGAUGAAUAGAUAUCAAAUAUCUGAUUAAACUAUUAAUUUCUUUUGAGGUCACCCAUAUAUUGUAUUGUGCCCAGUUUAUAGAGAUAUUUGAUUUUUUCCCCCUUUCUUGUACAAUACAAAUCCCAUCCUUCAUCACUCUUAAUGUUUCACAGCUUCCAUUUUUAAUCAAUAUGUCAAUUUAUGUAAAAUUUAUGAAGAUGAAGAAUUAUAUCAAAUUAUGUAUUAAUCUCAAUCUCCUGCAUGUAUAUCACACCCACAUACAUACAUACAUGUAUGUAAAUACACCUCCAUAUAUUGCCAUAUAUAUUUUGGUGUAACCCAUUGCGUUUUUUGGUAUGGCGCAAAGAAUCUUGCCUUGUGGCCAAUUGUGAGUUUGGAGCCUAGUAGUCCCAUAGUCUCUCAUUGGAGUGUUACCAGUAUUCAGCACUAUACUCAAAGUCAGAAAAUUGGUGAUUUAAGAGACAUAACUUAGCCGAAUAUAUACAAUAUAUAUACAAGUUCUGCUUUUGUAUUUAAUCAAAUUCCAGCCCAAGAAACCUCUCCUUAAAGACCACCUUACCUGACUAAGAAGACCAACUUUCUUGACUCCAGAUUUAAGUGUAAACAAUAUUGUGUUAAUGGUGUAAUAUUUAAAUUCAUGUUUGGUUUGUGUUGGUUUAAGUUAUAAAGUACUAGACUCAUGCCUCAGGCUCUAUUAUAAUUUGUUUGUUGUACUUUAUCUUUCUGAUCUACACAGAACAUUGUGUUGUAUUAGAUUACUAAUUAUGCUAAUUAGAGAGAAGAUAAUCAUUUGAACGGAAACAUCGAAGGUAUUUGAUACUUUAUAUUUCAUGCAUACUUGAUUUAAAAUCAUUAUUUGUCAAUGUCAAUAUUCAUUCACUUUUUUCAUUUGUCAUGUAGUUUGUUUUGUUAUGUGUAUUCUAUUAUUCUUGCAUUCAGUGAAAUUGAAUCAAAUCAUGUCUCCAGUGAAAUUGCAUCUUUUAUUUUGAUGCUGGCAUGCUGCACCAUGUGUGAGAUGGCCAAAGGUCACACAAUCAUUUUCCGUGACAAAACCAAUUGGUGGGCGUUUCAUAGAGCUGUUCAUAAGUCACACACACAACUGCUGACCCUUUCGCGGAUGCUGAAUCAGAUUUACCAUCAUUUUUUUAAAUUCGCAAUCAAUCUGAUUCCCUUGUGGUUAAGUUGUAAUCUGACAUCUGUCAAUGAAAAUUUUCAAUUUUUCAAUUCAAUACUGUCAAAAGUUUGAUUAGAGUUAUAGGAAAUGCCCUUCCAUGAAUGUUAAUUUGGGGUACUCACCAGUCAUACCUAACUUAACAAACAGCUUUAUGAAAUGACCCCCUGGUCCUUGGCCUUUGUAUUUCUAGAAAAUUACAAAGUAAUUCAUGGCUGAAUGGUAAAGUUAUCACUUGACUCUAAAGAAAAAUGUUCAAUUUUUAACAUAAUCUGUACCCAUGCAUAAUGUUGUGUUCCAUUGUCUUUUCUAUUUGAUUAUUGUAAAAUUAUACAUAAUUCCAAUGCCUUCUAGUGAAGUAAAACCAUGAUAUUGUGAUGUGAAAAUGUAAUUAUGAUGAAAUCACCUGAACAUAAUUUUGUACAAGUUGUAAUGGCAAGAAGGAGUUGUAUACAAAUUGGAAAUAAAAACCAUGACA